AUGGAGCUGAGGGCUUUGACUGUGUCUCUCUGCCUCCUGCAGGGCUCCAAUGGGCUUCGCCAUGGAGUCACUGGGCAUCGAUUGCCACACUCCAGUCCUCCGUCGGCACUGAGGCAGGAGCUGUGUAAGGCCAGCCCGGAACAGACGGUGGAGAUGCUGAGGGCCCCUCGGGACCCCCUGGUGAUCCAGGUGCUGCGGAGGAGCCCUCGAUGUAAAGGCCAGGCCUCAGGCCAGGAGCUGCAGCUGGUCGACAAUGGGACCCAGACCGAGAUCAGCUUCGAACACAUCAUGGCCCUGGGCAAUGAGCGCGGCCCCUCGCCACCCGUCAUCCAGCUCGAACCAUACCCCCUGACCGAGCUGCCCCCGCUGGGGAGUGGCUUUUACGAUCCCAACGACUACCUGGACAGCGGGCACCACGAGGUAGACCGGACUGAGGAGCUGGAGUACGAGGUCAGAGGGCACUGCAUUUACCUAGCGCCGUUGCAU